AUGUUCGUAGAAGACCUACAGUCUGCAGAGAACAUGAUUAUACGAAAGGUUCAACACCAAGCAUUCUCAGAAGAAAUCAAUGAUCUAAUGCACAUCAACUCAGAUCACAGCUUCAGAAAAUUGGAUCCUUUUAUUGGAACUGACGGAUUGUUGCGAGUAGGUGGGAGUUUGCGAUUUGCGGAAAUACCUGAUGAAUCAAAACGUCCUAUACUACUUCCGAAGGACUCAAUAAUAUUAGAGAUAAUAAUACGACAAAUACACAAACAAGGGCAACACUUUGGCCAUUCGUACAUACUGUCUCAGCUACGAGAAAAGUACUGGAUUGUUAACACUAAAUCGGCAGCUAGAAAAUUAAUAUCGAAAUGUAUUGUGUGCAAGCGACAACGUGGAUGGCCAAGAGAACAAAUGAUGGCAGAUCUACCGGUGGACAGACUGGCUAUUGGUGAACCCCCAUUCACACGGAUGGGCAUAGAUUGUUUUGACCCAAUAGCGAUGAAAUUAAAGAGAAGUCGAAUCAAACGCUAUUGUGUGAUUUUUACAUGUUUAACAAUAAGAGCAGUUCACAUAGAAAUUGCAGACUCAAUGGACACGGACUCGUUAGCAAGUGGAACCAUGCACAGAUAA